UUCGGAUGGAGGGCAGGAAGUAAAAUGUCAAUGGAGGCAACCGUUAUGGAGAGUCCGUAUUGUAGGGAUUUAGAUCCAGUUUCCAGGCGAGGAUACAAACAGUUAAUUAACAGAUAUGUUGGAUGUGACCCUUAAUCUCAUCAAGAUGAGUGAGUUUUCGAGAGAACCUCAAGAUUUGCCGUUAAUCGAGGCUGUUGAUAUCACGAACUAUCUGGUACUUCAAACGUCUUACUACACUAAACAGCAGAUGAAAGCCUACAAAAGUCUGGAGGCAUAAAACUUUUUUGUCCAGAACCUCGGCACCAAACGGCUCCGCGAAAAUGAUCGUUUGGUCUUUGCCAAGGUAAAUGUCUCAGAGAUCAAAUGAAACGCCUCUGAAGACCUGGAUUAUUGCGAAGGAGGAUGGAGAAGUCCUGGCAGGAUUCCUGCUGCUCCAGUAGCUAUGAUCGACCUGUCAUCAGCAAAGUCCAAAAAACAAAAGCUUGAUGGUUCCAUCAACGGCAGGAGAACUGAAAACACGGUGGGGAAAUCGUCUCUAUGUCCAAGAGUGAAGAGAGGGUCAGAAACGUAUGCUAGGUUUUUUGCAGCACUGAUGGCUAAGGAGCCUUACCACAAAGAAUUGAUCCCUAAAUCCAGCAUGCUACCUAAAACUAUUCUUGAAUACCGAACAGCAGAGACUCUGGAGCUUCCCUCGAAAGAGCUUGAAGAGCUCUGCCAGGAAUUUCAGCUAGAAGAGCUCACCCUGUCCGAAGUCCAAGCUGUAGAGAGGGCAACCAGAGGUCAAAGUGCAAGCAGGAUUUGGUUUAAGCAAAGAGCUGGACGCAUAACAGCCUCUAAGUUGAAACAAGUUCUUAAGACAAAUUCCCAGCAACCAUCCAAGAGCUUGAUCAAGGCUAUAUGCUACCCAGACGCAUAUAGGUUCACUACAGCUGCUACAAGUUAUGGAAGAAAACAUGAAUCCCAAGCAAGAAGAGCAUAUGAGAAGCUGAUGGGUCGGGAGCAUACUGGCUUCUCGUGUAUGGACAGUGGUCUCUGGCUGAACCCCAAGUGGCCGUAUAUGGGGUCCUCCCCUGAUGGGAUUGUCACUUGUGACUGUCAUGGAACUGGCAUCUGUGAAAUAAAGGUAUUACCCAGUUCCACUUCCUACGUGCAGUUUCUCCUGUGAUCUUACCUCCGUCAUUACAAGGACCUCCGUUGUUACCUGAAUCACAUUCCCACCACUGGCUUCCAUUCUGUUGACCAACCUAUCCAUCUUCAACCUCGUCUUCUGCACUACCUGUUCGCCGAGCACCACUGCAGUCUUCAUUACCCUCUGGAUUUCAUCGGACUCCCCGCUGUUAACAACCCCAUCGACCACUAACCUUCCCCCUGGCGGACCAUCACACAUCAUCUUGUAAGCUUCUUUCUUCUCCCCUUCUCCGUUCUUUGGAUCUUACCAGUGUCUCUCUUUCAGAGCUCCCGGUUCUCCACGUCACUGUUUUCCCCUGGACAAGACUCUCUGCUGCACAUUACCCAUUGUAUUCAAUAAAUAUCAUUAAACUGA